CGGGAUUGUAUGCCGUCGUGAGCAAUCCCGCGCAGAUGGCGGCGAAGCCAGAAGAGGCCGACCAAAAGAGACAUCAUUUGAAGAAUGGAAAGGGCUUUACGAAUCCCUGGGAGAGCUAUGUGGAGGCGACGCCGUGGGAGUUGCUUUCGGGUAUUUUUUGGCGCAAAAUCACCGGCCAAGCAAAGAAACCGGAUACCACACCCCCGACCGUUGCCGUACGCACCCCGUCUUUUCUGCCUACGCGUGAAACACCGCGACUACGGGCUACAUGGCUCGGGCAUGCAUGCUACUACAUUGAGUUUCCCAACGGGUUCCGCGCCCUGUUCGACCCCGUCUUCGAAGACUGCUGUGCGCCCAUCAAUCUCAAGAACCUCAAGCGGUACACGCCUCCGCCGUGCGAAAUCGAAGACUUGCCCGUCGUCGACGCAGUCGUCAUCAGCCACAACCACUACGACCAUCUCAGCUACCCGACUAUCCAGCGGCUGCACAAGAAGUUCCCCAAUGCGCAUUUCUUCGCGCCCCUCGGCAACAAAGACUGGUUUUUGAAGAGCGGCGUCACCAAUGUCACGGAGCUGGAUUGGUGGGAAAGCAGACAUGUACGGCUAGAUGAGGGCUCGUCGGAAAAGCGUGUGUCUGUGGGUAGCACCGCCCCCGGGGGUAUCACUGCGACUAUAGGCGCACUCCCAUGUCAGCACGUGAGUGCCCGGGGCCCGUUCGACAAGUGCAAAACCCUCUGGGCAAGCUGGAGCAUAGAAUCUGGCGGCGCAAAAGUGUAUUUCGCAGGCGACACGGGCUACCGCACCGUGCCCAAAAGCAUCCCCGAGACCGAAGACGACUACGCCCCCGCCCACGCACACCUGCCCACCUGCCCGGCAUUUGCCCAAAUCGGAAAACACCGCGGGCCCUUUGAUCUCGGCCUGAUCCCUAUCGGCGCUUACGAGCCCCGCUGGAUGUUCAGCAAUGUCCAUGCCAAUCCCAAGGACGCCGUCAACAUCUUUGCCGAUACAAAGUGUAAGCGUGCGCUCGGCAUGCACUGGGGCACUUGGGUCUUGACCGAGGAGGAGGUCCUGGCUCCGCCGCGAGAACUCAAAGAUGCCUGCAAGUGGAAGGGCGUAACAGAAGGCAAGCAUGGGUUUGACGUGUGUGAGAUUGGCGAGUCACGCGAGUUUUGAGUCGACCAAAAGUCCUUUGCCCUUUUUUUUUCUUUUCCCCCUUUUUUUUUGCACUUGAUUUUUU